CGCCUUAAAUUAGUCAAGAUACAAUGUAACCUGUGAAUCAAGCCAUACAUUGAAAUCGGAUUAGAUGUGUGCAACGUAAUAGAAAUACCACAAUCAAUUGAUAUCAGUUUACUACUAUAUAUGAAAUAUACAAUCGUUAACCUCCAGAACGCAUUAGAUUCAGGAGGAAAUCAGGAAUAUUUCUUCCGGUUCCCAAGAAUGCAAAAAUAAAACGGAAGCUGAUUUGGCCCUGGUAAAGCCAUUACGGUGUGGUUCACAUAGAGAUUUCCACCACUUCAGCCGCUAGUGCCUAAGUACGGCGCUCACAGGGACUCCCCACUGGCCUUCCCUUCCCUGCACAGAGAAACAGUACUAGAGACUUCUGGCUCGGGAGCUGUGGACAGUGUCCGAGUGAAUGUUACAUUGCUCUAAGAACCCCUCCCGCUCUUCGAGGACCUAACUUACCUACCCAUCAAGAGAGCGCUCCUGCCGCUGAGUUAGCUGGUCAGGCAUUUCAUCCAGCCCCUCAGCAUCAGGACUUAGUGAGGCGGCAGCCCCCACCAGCCCCUGUGUCUGGAGCUAUUCAGGGGGAGGAGGGGAAGGAGACCCCCGGCCGGUGCAUCACUUUCCCUUGAGAUGAAGCUUCAAGCCGUGAUGGAGAACCUGCACAGGCAGCAGAGGGCCAAGUUGCUGAUGGAACUGGAGCAACAGCAGCUGCAGCAGGACGGCUCUCCGCAGGGUCACGGCCGGACCACCGCUGGCGUUGGGGACCAGCUGAUGGGAAGCCCCGCCCCGGAGUCAGAGCACGCCCAGAUGGCGGCCUUGGCAGCCAUGAGGGCGGUGGCGGCCGGGCUGCAGAGGGCCUCAGACAGCCCCAUGUCAGAGCGCAGCAGCGGGGGAGAGGACGAGGAAGAAGAGGAUGAUGACGAGGAGGAGGAAGGGGAGCAGUACAAAGAUAUGAUGGGCUCUGAGGAAGAGGAGAUGAUAAAGCAGAAGUGGGAUGAGGAGGACUUUGAGGGGGAGAUGGAGGAGGACUAUGAGGACGAGCUGGUGGACGAGGGGCUUCCCACGGGCCGGGAGGCGCUGGCCCUGCUGCUGCCCCACCGCCAGCUGCAUGCCCACUCCCAGCUGCUGAAGCAGGCCCGGCCCCGCACCGGGACCCGCUCAGACCAGGAGCCCAGAGUGGCCAUCCUCCCCCCACACGGAUCCCACAGCCAGCUGGGCGGCCAGGACCACGGAGACUGGACUUACGAAGAGCAGUUUAGACAGCUCUACGAACUAGAUGGAGACCCAAAGAGAAAAGAGUUUCUGGAUGACCUAUUCAGCUUCAUGCAAAAGAGAGGAACCCCUGUGAACAGGAUCCCCAUCAUGGCCAAGCAGGUCCUAGACCUGUACAUGCUGUACCAGCUGGUGACAGAGAAGGGAGGCCUGGUGGAGGUCAUCAACAAGAAGCUGUGGAGAGAGAUCACUAAAGGACUCAACCUGCCUACCUCAAUUACCAGUGCAGCCUUUACUCUCAGGACACAGUACAUGAAGUACCUGUAUCCAUACGAAUGUGACAAGAGGAGCCUCAGCAACCCCAACGAGCUCCAGGCAGCUAUCGACUGUAACCGACGGGAGGGCCGCCGGCAGAGCUUCGGCAGCUCACUCUUCACCUACUCCCCCAAUGGGACCCCCACCAUGCUGUCCUCCCCCAAGAUGUCCAUGCAGAACAUGGGGAUGAACGUGGCCACCAACGGAGGCCACUCUCUCACUCCCAUCCAAAAAAUCAAGAAAGAAGAGGAGGGUGACCAGCCUGUGUCCGGCUUGGGCUUCAUGUCCAGGCACCCUCUGGUUGGUAAUUCGGUGGCGGUGCAGGCAGCAGCGGCCCAGUUAGCGGCUCUAGAGCAGCUGAGGGACAGACUGGAGGCAGGUGAGCCCCCGGAGAAGAAGAUUGCCCUACCUGCUGAGAAGCACCAGCGGCUGCUGCAGAGAGCGCUGCAGCACAAUCUGCUGGCCAGGACUGCCCAGAUGCCCAUGAACAUCCGCAUCAACAACCAAGAUGGCCGACAGGACUCAGCUCUCAAUCUCACAACUAAUGGCAUGAGCAGCAUCAGUAUGUCAGUGGAACUCAAUGGAGUCAUGUACACCGGUGUGCUUUUUGCUCAGGCAGCAGGAUCAGCCUCGUCAGGCCCCUCUGGAUCAUCAAGUAACAGCAAAGCCCCUGGUGGGCACAGUGGAUCCUAGUGGCUCCCCUACACACCUACCUCAUCCACCUAUCUUUGAUGCUAACUAAAGCCAAAAAUAAACCUCGUUUUCACUUAGCCUAUGCCAAAAAAAUACAUAUAUAUGGCGAGACAAACUGAAACUCAGACCACUUGAAGUACACUCUCAGGUCCUCUCAUAUAUUCUUCCCUCUUUUGUUCUUUAGCCUAAAUAAGUUUGAAUAACCCAACAAGGAGCCAGUAUAUGAUAGAUAUUUGCACAGCCUAUGAAUAAUUUAUUUCUACAUAAAUGUACAGAUUAUCUGAGAACAAAAGAAAAAGAAUACAUUGGAAGGGUAAUGCACUGUUUAAACAUUUAACACAGCUACUGACUGACAAUGAAGCUUUUUCUCAAGAGGAAAAAUAAGUUGUUUGUAACAUUAUCAUUCUCCUCAUUGUUAUUAUUAUUAUUAUUAUUAUUAUCAUCAUCAUCACUAACAAUAUACUCAUUGCAAAAAAUAUAUAUUUAGGAUUCUAUAAAGCAGAACAUUUGACAUUUCUUGUAUUUUAAGUAGAAAAGCUUUAAAGUAUGUUAGUUCUUCAGGGUAUAACAAAGUACCAUUGUGACCUCAUGUUAUAGAAUUCCUCUUUUACAUUUGCAUGAUGCAGUCAGAAACAAAUCAAUCUUUGCUGAGAUUUUCUAUUAAUUGCUCAGACACAGGUUUUGUCUUGCAUUUUUUUCUAGUAGAAGUCAACAGGCAUUCUUAAUGCUCAUUGGGCUUUAGAAUAUGUGCAGGUUUUUCUCAGGUGUCCGCCAGAUUGCUGUGAAACAAUAACAUUGUAUUUAACUGCUAUAUGUUUCUGUCAUAGCCACACAUUAUACAAAUGUAUUUCCUGGUUUGAGUGUUUGUUUCUCUCAUGACACAUUUCAACCAUAUUUUUUUGAUUUUCAUGUAGAAUUUAGUUUUCUAUCAAGUUGUCUCAUCAAUUACCCAGGGUACUCAGUCCUUUUAUAAGAAGUGGGAUCAUCUUCACUCUACGUAAAGCUUUUAGUUUAAAGGUUGAUCACUCUGAGACGACACAGAGUAGGGGAUUGAUAUGUGCAGGAAUUCUUAGCUCUGCCAUUGUGAGCCUUUAAAACUGAGGUUUGGGGCUGAAAGUGACUCUUUUUAAAAGCUUGUCAUCAUAAUGUCUCGAGUGCCUACACCUUGAUAUGUGAAAUCUUCAUAACGACAAGGCAUUAAUGAAUUUAGCUACAUGCUUGCAUUAUAUAGUGCUGCUUAUAUCCAAGUGCUUCUUAUAUUCACAGCUAUACCAUUAUCUUCAAUCUGUUGAGGAGUCAGAGGAGGCCAGUUUAAUGGCAAUAGAAGAUGUUACAGAGAAUAUUGUGGGAUUGACUGAUAUCUGUUUCAUCUGCUGGCAUUUGCUUUACUUAAUUUCAGUUAUCAGAAGUACCGUUUUUUUUUUUGUAUAUAACACAGUUGCAUAGUAAUCAUGCUCCUGUAGCAACAGAACAAUGGUUAUUCUAUUAAACAAUUUCCACUGAAACGUAUGAAGGAGUCUGUCCUCUCCAGCUAGACACUGGAGGGUAAAGCUCUCUCAGAGAAUGAUAAAAGUAAUAGCCAAUUAUUAUCCCAAUAAAUGGCUAAUGAUAACAUAGAGCUGUGUUAUGGUUUAAAGGAUGGGUGGAAUCACCCAAUCAAUUCCUGACUUUGGGUCAGCACGGAUCUUCAAUUUGAUAUUUUUACCACUUUGUCCCCAAGGCAAGCAUUCCCAUCCGAGCAUCUUCUCAUUUAAAUUUUUUUUAUCAGAUAUCCAUUGAUUUGCAGCUCUCAGAGAUAUUUGCAUUUUAACUGCUAAGGUGCAUUCAUCUUAAGAUAGCUAGCUGGGAUAACCACAUAUCACAGUAAGUAUUUUUCCUAAACAAAGUAGCUAUCAGCAAAGUCAGAGCUAGCAAGGGGGAAAAAAGUAAAGUGUUUCAGAUGUUUGCAGAAGAUGGGCAGGGACUCUGCUGUCCUAGCUUCAGGGAGAAGCUUGUUCCACCAUUGGGGUGCCAGGACAGAGAAGAGCUUGGACUGGGCUGAGCGGGAGCUGCCCUUCUGUAGGGGUGGGAGGGCCAAGAGACCAAAGGUGGCAGAAUGGCAUGCUCAGGUUGGGGUGCAUGGUUUGAACAUAGCCUGAAGGUAGAGAGGGGUAGUUCCUGUUGCUGCUCUGUAGGUAAAUACCAUUAUCUUGUAGUGAGCUGCGACUGGAAGCCAAUGGAGUGUGCUGAGGAGUGGAGUGACAUUGGAGAACUUGCAAAGGUUGAACACCAGGCAGACUGCAGCGUUCUGGAUAAGUUGCAGGGGUUUGAUGGCACACGCAGGGAGCCCAGCCAACAGCGAGUUGCAGUGUUCCAGAUGGGAGAUGACAAGUGCCUGGAUUAAGACCUGCACCGCUUCCUGUGUGAGGUAGGGUCAUACUCUGUUGUAGAGCAUGAACCUGCAGGAGCGAGUCACUGCUUUGAUGUUUGCAGAGAAAGACAGCAUGUUGACCAGUGUCGUGCCAAGGUUCUUUGCACUAUGGGAGGGGGGGACACCAUGGAGUUGUCAACUGGGAUGGACAGGUCUUGGGAGUGGGCAGACCUUCACCAGGAGGAAGAGCAGCUCCAUCUUGUUGAGCUUGUGGUGGUAGGCCGAAAUCCAAGCUUAGAUAUCUGCCAAGCAGCCAGAGAUGUGUGUUGCCACCUAGGUGUCAGAAGGGGAGAAGGAAAUAGUAGUUGAUUGUCAUCUGCAUAGCAAUGAGGUAGAGACCAUGUGAGGAUAUGACGGAGCUGAGUGAGAUAGAAGAGGAGAGGGCCUAGAACAGAGCCCUGGGUCAUGCCAGUAGUGAGAGUAUAUGGUGCUGACACAGAUCCUCUCCACGUCACCUGGUAAGAGCAGCCUGCCAGGUAAGAAGCAGUCCCAAGAGUUUGAGAAGCACAGCCCUGAGAGGGUGGAGAGGAGAAUCUGACGGAAGGCAGUUUCUGUAUCUUCAAGAAACCGCAUAGAUUCACACUCAGUACUUUUCAGAAUCCUCAGGGAAGGUCGGUUUUGACAAUAAGGAGAUGUUACACACAUUGUAUACCUCAUGGUCUUUUUUCCUGCAGAUCCAUUUGACCUCAAUGUAGGGCCUGCCUCUACCUCAAGUCUAUGCUUUGACCAAAUCUCUUGUAAGACCAUUUCCCUUUACACAGUAAAUAAUCCAAAAUGGUUGGAAGGAUAGAUUAUUGCAGACAAUCGUCUAACGCAAGAGGGGAGCAAAGUACACUUCAAUCCGGCCCGCCCUUUUUUCUUCCCAAUUGGUAGUUACAGUCUUGUCCCAUCGCUGCAACUCUCGUACAGACUCAGGAGAGGCGAAGGUCGAGAGCCGUGCGUCCUCCAAAACACGACCCAGCCAAGCCGCACUGCUUCUUGACACAAUGCCCGCUUAACCCGGAAGCCAGCCGCACCAAUGUCUGGGCCCGCCACAGGAGUCGCUAGAGCGUGAUGGUACAAGGACAUCCUGGCCUGCCAAACCUUCUCUUAACCCGGACGACACGUGGCCAAUUAUAUGCCGCCUCAUGGGUCUCCCAGUCACGGCCAGCUGUGACACAGCCUGGGAUCGAACCUGGGUCUGUAGUGACGCCUCGAACACUGCGAUGCAGUGCCUUAGACCGCUGCGCCACUCGGGAGGCCCCACAAAUUGAUUUUAACAAACAAUUGGUCCGCCCAAAAAUGCGGCCCUUCGUUGAAUUUCAAAAUCCCAAUGUGGCCCUCAAGGCAAAAAGUUUGCCCACUCCUGGUCUAACGCCUUUAAUAAUUUCUUUAUUAUAAUUGAUGACAAUCCCUUUGGAUUGUUUUGGCAACAUGCAAUGGAGACCAGGGAAGCCUCUAUCAGCAAUACUGACUUCAUGCCUUGGUGAUUCUACCCCCUAGUGGAUUUAUUUCUUAAAGCACACAAUCAGAUACAGUUUGGGAUGCAUAGCGUGUUUAUAGCUUCCGUGGUAGGCCUAAUCUUUGCCUUUCCUGUUUUAUAUUUGAUUGCAAGGCCCAUAGUUUAGAUUUCAACUUGAUUUUGAGGAGAAUUCUAUCAUUUCUUGAUCUCAACAGAAGUUAGGAGACCUACUUACCAUGGAAGAGGCUUGCUUAUAGAUUUCUAUUCUAUAUCCUUUAGAUUUUAGAGAGAUUCUCAUCAGAAUCUUUCCAUGAAUGUUCAGCCUUAAGACAUUAUACGACAUACCACUUGCUUUAGCUAUCUGUUUGGCAGAUUGUACAUGGCUGGGACAACCAAAACAUGUGUGAAGAUGAAAUAAAAUACAAUGUUAUCGUGAAUGAAAAUAUAUAGUUCUAUUUACAGGUUAAUUCAUAGAAGCAUUGUCACAGCAUAAGAAAUCUUGUAAUUAUAGCACUUCUGAAAAGUAAUUAUACACUUCUGAAAAUUCUUUGGAUGGCUCUAGAUUAUAUUACUUUGUUUUUACAUUGAAGUUUUCUUUAAAAAAAUAUGAUAUAGCAACAUAGCACAGACAUUACAUUUACAGCUGAUGACAUGUAUUAUCAUGAUAUUAAUAACAAUAGUUAUUGUGACGACUCCUGUACUGGGUGAUUUGGGGAAGUGCUAGGUUGGCACACUGGCCUUGGUUUUGUUAACUAUUUUGUUGUCAUGUGUAGUAUUUGGAAAUGUAGAAUAUAAAUGAGGAUUUGUUCUUCUACUUCUCAGGAAUAUACUUCUACCUCCAGUUUUUAUGGAUGUAUCCCUGCUAGGGCUAAAGUUACAGGUUAGUGUGUGCACAUGGUGUUGCGCUUUGUAUUUCUCUCUUUCUCUUCAUUGGUGUUACAGAUUAUUUUUCAUGUAGCACUUUUGCAUUUUGGUCGGUGUUACACCUAGGCAACAAACUGCUAUAUUGAAACACUAUUGCUGCAGCCUACAACUACUUCUUAUAGAUACAGGCACAAAAGUAUUUUUCAGUCCGUUUUGUGCAUGUGCGAUAUUUUUUCUCAUUAUUCUCUAUGAUGAACCUUUUUUCCACUGAAUGGGAUGUUUCCCAAAAUACAAGGAAACAAGUGAAGUUGAGGGGUGGCAUUUUGUGCCUCUUCAGUGACCAGUUUUUAGGUGUAGUGCCCAAACAACAGAUCAACAACACGCUUUUUAGAACGUGUGAUCUCUUUUUAAUGCUUUUUUCUGAGGGGUGAAGAACGGUUCUUGCCUAUUUAAUCAAUGUGUUUGUGUGAAUACAUUCAUUUUGGAUUUAAAUAAAUAUAAAUUUUUCCUAGAAUGUCAGCUGAGGUUUUACACCACAAUUGCAUUGAUAAAUACUUCAGCACAAAGAGAUGAAUGUUUCAGAGUUUCUUUAGAACAGAUUACAUUGAAUGUUGGUAUCAACUGAAUGGCAUGGUUAAACUUGGAAAGAUUACAUUCUAUAUCUUUAAACACAUUUGUAAAUUGUUAUCCAUCAGCCUUUACAUUGGAAAAGUUUAAGACAUAAUUUAUCUGAUGAAGGCCUAUCUGCAUGGAUUUUAAAUGGGGGGAAAAACACAAGUAUACAAUCUUAAAUAAAAUGGGUGUGUUUUAUUGUAUUUUGUAUUGAACCU